UCGCUCUAAACGAGCUCUUUUUUCGCCACUUACCACAGCAUAGCCACCGAGAGAUUAUAUUUGUCAAAAAAGCGACAGUAAAACUGUCAGCCAGAAAAAAAUAAUACUAGCUGAAGACAGAUAAAAAGAAGAGUCAGAUAGCUCGCCGAGCCUCAUUAGACAAAAUCAAAAUGCUCCACAGUUGCUCAGGCGCCGAGGGACACUACGCGGCUCGCUGGUAGAAGCGGAGAUAUCCGAGUCGACACAACCAGGAAUAGUGGAAGCUUCACAGCAACUGGAAGCACAGCGCGGCGCAAGUGAAGCUAACGGCCACUGGAUCAGAUGUGUAGCACCCGUGCGUUUUUGAAUUACGCUGUAACGACACUCGAUUGUUAAAGAGGUGUAGCAGAGGAAUCGCCGGACAAUACUGCGGAGAGAGGGAGAAAAGAGGAGAGGGAGGGAGAGCGAGACAGACACGGAGAAGCGAGGAGACCUACGCGAGCAAGUUAAGUGGAAAACUGAAAGGUCUGAGCCGGAGGAUGUAAUCCGUGUGUGUCCGAUCGUUAGUUAGACGCUGAAGACACCCCCUGGAUGCUGGAAGCUACAGUGCCAUUCUGACGCUUCCCAACAGGCUUUAAGAAAACGUGUUCUGGGAUUGCCGGUUCAUCAAACCUUAAAGGUGACAUCGGGAUUUUUUGGGGGACAAAAAGACACGCACAUUCGUCACAAUAAAGAGGAAGAGUAAUACAACGGAGAAACCGGCUAAUUUUCCGAAUUAAUUUUACCUGGCAAACUUAGAAUGUACUGACAAAGUGGUGAAGAUCACAAGCCAUAGCUCAGCUUUAAUGAAGAAACAUCAAAUCUGCUAACAAUCCGGCAAAGGGGGACGCAAGACCCUGAAGAUUAAGCAUGGGGUCACCAUGGAAACCACUUCUUCUGCUAUCUAUCAUCGGAGGCCUUUCAGAACUCUCUAAAACUGUCGCUGUGCGACCUGCUUCAUAUGCUGCUAUUCUGAGAAUAAGGCCAGAUAGUUCAUUAUCAGCAUUCGAAAGCUCCAGAAACCGACCUCGCUACCCUAGCUCUAUGUCGUUGGCCUCGUCUGAGUGGCACUCCACGCCCAGCCAACAUCUUUCUUCAAAACCAAUGUAUCAGUAUGCUGAGGCAGAUAGACAAGAAGAAACUCCUGAAUCUGGCCCUGAAUUUCUUCAGGAACCUGAUGACAUCGUCUUUGCGCUUGAUUCAAAAGAAAGACAAGUGUCCAUGCAGUGUGAAGCAAGAGGAACACCCUCACCAACAUACAGAUGGCUGCACAAUGGAACGGAAGUAGACUUCAGCAGUGACAUUAGGUAUAGUCUUAUGGAAGGGAGUUUUGUCAUCACAAAUCCAAAUGAAUCAAAAGACUCUGGGAAAUAUCAGUGUGUGGCAACCAACAUUUUUGGCACUAUCAUCAGCAAGGAUGCAUUGCUACAGUUUGCCUAUCUUGGGAACUUCAGUGGAAAAGCCAGAGGAGCGGUGUCUGUACGUGAAGGACAAGGAGUAGUGUUAAUGUGCUCUCCACCCGAUCAUUCACCAGAGAUCACAUACAGUUGGGUUUUCAAUGAAUUCCCCUCCUUUGUAGCAGAGGACAGUCGUCGUUUCAUAUCUCAAGAAACAGGAAACCUGUACAUCUCCAAAGUACAACCCUCUGAUGUCGGCAGCUAUAUUUGCCUGGUGAAGAAUACAGUCACAAAUGCUAAGGUGUUAAGUCCACCAACACCACUAACACUUAAAACGGAUGGAAUAAUGGGAGAAUAUGAGCCAAAAAUUGAAGUUCAUUUUCCCUUAACAGUUACAGCUGCUAAGGGGGUUACAGUUAAGCUGGAGUGUUUUGCCUUGGGAAACCCUGUUCCCACAAUUACAUGGAGGAGACUGAAUGGAAAUAUUCCAAGUAAAGCCAGGCUGCGAAAAUCCCAGGCCGUACUUGAGAUUCCUAAUGUGCAGCUGGAUGAUUCUGGUGCAUAUGAGUGUAGAGCGGAGAAUUCUCGGGGGAAGAAUACAUUCAGGGGGCAGCUCCAGAUUUACACAUAUCCUCGAUGGAUCCAGAUGAUUAAUGAUACCCAGCUUGACAGCGGUGAGCAGCUCCACUGGGAGUGUAAGGCUACCGGAAGGCCUCGUCCUACCUACCACUGGCUUCGAAAUGGAGUGCCGCUAGUGCCCCAGGACAGAAUUGAAAUAGUUAAUGGUGAAGUCUUGAUCCAGAAUGUCCGUCAGGCUGAUGCUGGGAUGUACCAGUGCAAAGCAGAAAAUAAAUAUGGAGUGAUCUAUUCCAACGCAGAACUAAAAAUUUUAGCAGCUGCUGCUCCCAGUUUCCAGUCAAGUCCAGCAAGGAAUACUGUUGUUGUGACAGUUGGGAAAGAAAUUGUUAUAGAAUGUAAACCACAAGCAUCUCCAAAGCCACGUAUCAGCUGGAAAAAAGGAGACAAGAGUCUUCAGUUUAACAAGAGGGUUUCAGUUCUGGAGAAUAACAGCUUAAGGAUCAUAAACUCUACCAAAUCUGAUGAAGGCAGCUAUGUUUGCCGAGGGGAGAACCAGUUUGGCUCAGCAGAAAUGACAGCUUCAGUAUGGGUUAAAGAACCUACUCGCAUUGAACUCUCCCCAGCCAGAAUGGAAGUUACUGUAGGAGAAAGUGUUGUCCUAAACUGCAAAGCAUUUCAUGACCCAAGUCUGGAUGUGUCCUUCAUGUGGCUUCUGAAUGGACAGCCUAUCAACUUUCAGAAGGAAGGUGGACAUUUUGAAUACAUCAGAGCACAGGCAUCAUCUGCAGAUCUAAUGAUCAGAAACAUACUUCUGAAACAUGCUGGGAAAUAUGGCUGUCGGGUCCAAACCAUUGCCGAUAUCUUGUCAUCAGAGGCUGAGCUGCUUGUAAGAGGUCCUCCAGGGCCACCUGGGAUUGUGAUAGUUGAGGAAAUUACUGAUACCACUGCUACGUUAUCCUGGAGUCGUGGAGUGGAUAAUCACAGUCCAAUCAGUGCCUACAAUUUACAGGCUCGAAGCCCCUUUUCAUUAGGAUGGCAGACUGUAAAGACAGAGCCAGAUCCUGUCACUGGUGAUAUGGAGUCAGCCAUGGCUAUUGAAUUGAAUCCAUGGGUGGAAUAUGAAUUUCGUGUUGUAGCAAGCAAUGGCAUUGGAACUGGAGAUCCAAGUGUACCGUCUAGAAUUAUGAGAACAAAUGAAGCAGUUCCAUCAGUAGCACCUGCUAAUGUGAGUGGAGGAAGUGGACGGCGCCAUGAAUUAGUAAUAACAUGGGAACCUGUUUCAGAAGAAUUUCAAAAUGGAGAAGGGUUUGGCUACAUCGUGGCCUUCAGAGCCAAUGGAACACGAGGUUGGAAAGAAAAAAUGGUCACAUCUGCUGAUGCUUCAAAGUUUAUUUACCGAGAUGAGACUGUGCCUCCACUUACACCAUUUGAAGUUAAAGUGGGUGUUUACAACAACAAAGGCGAUGGGCCUUUCAGUAACAUUGUCACUGUCUACUCUGCUGAAGGAGAACCUCGGGAAGCACCCUCUGAAGUAAAAGCAGUUAGCAUUUCGGCCUCUGAAAUCUUGUUGCAGUGGAAAGCACCAAAUCCCGGUCCGGGCAGACCUCAAGGAUAUGAGGUGAACUUUUGGAAAGAUAUGGAACAAGAAGAAUCUGGUGAUAAAAUAAAAACAUUGGGAAAUGAAACUUCAGUGCUCUUAACAGGCUUGGAGGGAAACACCUUGUAUCAUAUCACUGUGAAGGGUUACAACAGUGCUGGACAGGGACCUGCUAGCACUGCAGUUCGAGCACAAACCAAGAAAUCACCUCCAAGUCAGGCACCGGGCAACCUCAUGUGGAUACAGGAUGGAGACCAUGUAUCACUAGGAUGGGAACCUGUGAAACCUCUUGACAACGAAUCAGAUGUAAUAGGCUACAAGGUUAUUUUUCGACAAGAGGGACGGACAAGCAGUAAAGUGAUUGAGACAAGCAUCCCUUCAGCUGUUGUGUCACUUGCAGAAGGAGGAAUUUAUAUAAUUGAAGUGCGGGCGUUUAGCGAAGGAGGAGAAGGAACAGCAAGUUCACAAAUCAGAGUACUAACUUCUUCAGGAGUGAGAGUUUCAAAUGAACAGACAUCUCUGCAUUAUACUACCACAAGUUCCUUGAUGAUCAUGCUGCUUCUGGUGUUAGUUGUUCCUUUGAACUAAAGGUGAAACCCUUGGACCAGCUCAAGAAGGACAAUAUGCAGUUGGACCUCUUUGUGCCCGAGUAAUGAAGCUGGCUUGCUUUGCCUUAUCUUGUGUUGGAACGGGAGGCACAGUAUAUGGGAUGGCCUGCUGAAGGCAGAAGAUUCAGAAACCUCUUACAUUUACAUUCUCUUUCUGUCUCAUUUUUUGUGUGUUUUCCCCAGGCUCUUAUAUUACAGUGUGUAGUAUCAUACUGUACAUUUGGUAGGAAAGGGAUUUUAUUUCUUUGGACAUCUUAACAGGGCUGUUUAAUACAAUUUCUUAUUUGAUCAAGUUAUUUUCUUCCUUCUGAAAUCUGGAGUAAGGAGGAUAAAGUCAACGCAGUGGAUUUCAUUUAGAAGACGUUUUUCCAAUCUUUAUGAAAAAAAGUUUAUGUUCUUCAUUAAUUGCAUACGUUAUCCAUAGCUUUGUGAAAGGAAGGUGAAGAACUGUUUUAAAAGUGCAUUGUUUUCUAUUAUGAAGGUUUUUUCAUAGUAUCAGAGGUCUUACUAUUUGAGAAGCCACUUUUUGUACUUUGUGUUAAAUUUAGAGAAAGUGAUGUGUGUAUUGGCUAUUCUAAUUAUUUUUUUUUAAAUAGCCAGUGAUGCUAGAUAAACAUGAGGAGGUCAGUUCCUAGUAAGACUGGUGAGUACCUAUAGUGCCCAGAUAGAUUACAAUUACACAGUGUAAUUAUUCUUUGGCAAAGCUUAUGAUGAUAAAAACACAAAUAUAUGUGAUGUUUAUUUUUCAAUGGACAACAACCUGCGUUUUCAUUAAAAGUAAAAAAAAAAAUCUUGUUGCA